UUGUCGUGCGUGUGUUGGCAUCUGACAGCAGCGUUCCAUCCGUGCGUAAAGAGGUCUGUCAAACGCAGAGAGAGAGAGUAAAAGGAAAAGUAAAUAACGCCUUUGAAUUUAAUGGACCGGUGAAAACCUGGAUUACAUCUCGGAGCAUCUUUCAGUCGUUGGACGCUCGCGCAUCCUGUUGAAUAUUAAAUUUGGGGUUAGCCAGAGCGGUCCAGAUGUUAAUCCACACCUAUUCGGCAAUGGAGCGCGCAGAUGGACUCAGCGGCUCUUCGCCGAGUGGGCGCCUCUCCCAACUUUCGUCCCUGAACCAGGCCGCCUACUCCUCAGCUCCCCCGCUCUGUCACACUCCGGCCUCCGACUUCCAGCCUCCGUACUUCCCUCCCCCUUACCCCCAGUCCUCCCUGCCAUACUCCCAGAGCCAGGACUCGUAUCCCCACCUGUCAGAUCCUUACACUUCCAUAAACUCCAUCCAUCAGCAUCAGCAAGUGGCAUGGCACUCGCAGAGGUCGCGCUCCGACGACGGGGGACUCCUUUCACAGUCACACCGGGCUCUUAGCCUCGACCCCCGGCGGGAGUAUUCAGCUGUCCCCCGGCUGCUGCACGGUCUCGGUGAAGGCGCUGCCGCUCUCGGGGACGGUCCCCUCGGGAUGCACAUGGGACAUCACGGCCUCGACGAUCUCCAGGGAAUGGAGGAAGGAUCAGCCCUGGGCAUCCUCGACCACUCUGUCAUUAAAAAAGUUCCCAUUCCGUCCAAGCUGAACGGGUCGUCCCUGUCCAUCUUGUCCCUGGGUAAGGACGGCCUGGGGAUGGGAUCCGUGUCCAACCCGGCCGAGGUGUUCUGUUCGGUCCCGGGUCGCCUCUCGCUGCUCAGCUCCACCUCCAAGUACAAGGUGACGGUGGGGGAGGUGCAGCGACGCCUGUCUCCACCCGAGUGCCUCAACGCCUCCCUGCUGGGUGGAGUCCUGCGCAGGGCCAAGUCAAAGAAUGGUGGCCGCUGUCUGCGAGAGCGUCUGGAGAAGAUUGGCCUCAACCUGCCCGCCGGGCGACGCAAGGCCGCCAACGUCACUCUGCUAACAUCUCUAGUGGAGGGUGAGGCCGUCCAUCUGGCGCGGGACUUUGGUUACGUGUGUGAGACAGAGUUCCCGGCCCGAGCAACAGCCGAGUAUCUGUGCCGGCAGAGCGAGCCGGACCAGCUCCCAACACGGCGCAGCAUGCUGCUCGCCACCAAGGAGGUCUGUAAGGAGUUUGUGGACAUGAUGUCUCAGGACCGCUCUCCGCUGGGCGGCAGUCGGCCCACCCCCUGCCUGGAGCCCGGCGUCCAGGGGAGCCUCACCCACUUCAGCCUGCUCACCCACGGCUUCGGCACCCCCGCCAUCUGCGCCGCGCUCUCCGCCUUCCAGAGCUACCUGAUGGAGGCCAUCAAAAUGCUGGACAAGGGGGAGGGCGGAGGGAAGAACCACCACGACAAGGAGAUGAAGCACCGCAAAUAGAACGGAGGACGGGCGCGGGACGUCCUCGCGGACGGAAAGGAGGAGGGAAAAGAGGGAGGGGGGGAGGUGGGUGAGGGGACCCAGUGUUGCCCCUCUGGGGGCCUUCACCCUCGCCCUCAGGACAAAUACUGAGACUUACCUCCUGGAGAAAAAAAAAACCUCUGCGGCCCCGAGGGGAGGGGGGGGGGGCGUGAUGAUAUCUGUACUGUAAUGUGUGUCCACAACCACCUCACUCGACAUGACGCAUGGACCUCUCUUCUCGGUAGCUGGUUGGUGUCAUGAUGGCGUCUACGAAGCACCUCUUCAGGAUGAGUUCCUACGUGUGGCUGUAUUUAUUUCCACCUCCCCACUCUUGGUUUGAUUUUGGUAAACAUGUCAACUUUAUCUGUGUUUUAGAAACUCCCGCCCCCAUCAGUUUCUCUCUCUCUCUGUCACACACACACACACACACACACUUGGUUUUGACUGAACUCAUCUGAGAAGUGUCGUAAAGCCAUAUCUAAGACAACGACCUGCUCUUUGCUCCUCUUGAACUUUGGGAGACUUUUAACUCCACCCGAUUGGACACACACAGCCUCCACAUGUAGUUCUUCCUGAUGGGUGCUCAUGGGAAAUUGAGUUCUUGAACAGGGGGGUAAGGAGGAGUCGAAGGCAGCUAAAGGAGAUUUGGUUGCUAUUAUUUUGAAGUGCUGCGUGUUGGUAACUUAAGGAAAUAACACAAAUCAUUUUGUACUUUCAGUGUAUGUUUAUUAUUAAUGUUAUUACUGUUGUUAUUAUUAUUAUUGUAUUACUGCAUAAAUGUAAUAUAUUAUUAAAGAACUAACUGAUCGGUUUCGUUCCAUG